AUGGAUUACCUGCUUCGAUUGUUGAUGUGUUUCCUCGUAACAGGAUCCGUUGCUUCAAAGUUGGUCGUUAGGAGUAGCAGCCCGGUUACCUCCUUUGUCGGCGACCGGACUGAGUUGACGUGCUCCUUCUCCCCAUCCAGCUCCCCGGGAUCCUCAUUCGCUUGGUCUCUCGACGGCAGAAAUGGAUUCAGCGAGCAGAUGCGAUUAUGUGACGGCGAAGAUUGCGAUUCAACGCGACAUCAAUCCGUCAUAUCUGAUGAAAACGGAACGGGGAGGAUGAAGAUCAUCAUUUUGGAUACGGUUCUGUCGGAUGCUGGGAAUUACACCUGUUUGGUAUUGAACAACCAUGAUGCGCAAUCAGCCGUGGUGAAUCUGAACGUUACGGAAUGUACUGUCCACCGACCGACGGUAGAUUGCGACGACAGAAUUAACCUCAACUCAUUUAUGGAUCUCACGUGUUCAUAUCUUACCCCGGACCAGACUUUGGGAGAGUUCACGCGGAUCGCCAAAAUAUUCCUCUCACCUUCCUUGAGACCCGUAUAUACAUCAAGCUUGCCCGGGUUUGAGAUUCACGUGAACGUUACCCGAGAUAGCAUUCCAAAUGCCACCGAGGUAGCGGCAGACCUGCGACUGACUUCACAGUGCUGUAGGACGCAGUCGUCUUUGGCAUGUAGACCCCCUGAUGGACAGAACGUAUGCUCUGAUGUCUGCUCCACCGAUGUGUUUUAUCCACCUUCUGACCUCGUCUUGACCAGAUCCCCAUCGGGACCUUGGCGGGAAGGAUGGCGGAAUGCCUCCUUGGGUUGCAGAUCAAAUGGCUUUCCUCCACCCCGUGUCUCCUGGAGGAAGGUUCAAGAGGACACCUCACUUUUCUUGGCUAACGGAACAGGGUCAUCCUGGUUGCUCAUUGCAGAGGUGCAUCGCAAUCAUUCUGGAGAUUACCGAUGUGAAGCCGAUUUGGCGGCGCAAAGAACAACAACCAUCUCUGUGCACUAUCCCCCUGAUAUUGAUCGACGGGUGCCCAUUAUUCGCGCCAAUGAGGGGACCAUAGCCACCCUUUCGUGUCUUGUUGAUGCCAAUCCUUCAACGUCAUCGAUGAUCACGUGGUCAACACCUAACCAAUCACAGGUCACUACUAGCACCUUCAGAAGACUCUCAAAAACUAAACUAGAGAGCAGAUUACAGGUCGCAGAGAAUGUCCACAGAUAUGUCUUUGGGAACUAUACUUGCACCGCCAUCAAUACACUCGGAGCAGAUUCGUUCGUUAUUCAGCUCACCGGAUACUGCUUCCCGGAUCCCCCUCAGGACCUCCAGGUUAUCAGCUCCUCGAAGACGUCCCUCACUUUCUCGUGGACACCCGGUCAAGAUGGUGGCAAGCCGAUGACAUUCGCAGUCUCAUACUGCGUCAACGUCACCCAGGAAGAAAGGUGCCGCAAAGAACAGGGUAUAACGGAUUGGCAGUUCAUUCUUGACGGGCUAAGGACCUAUACUCAGUACAGAAUAACUGUACGAGCAGAAAACGAAGUCGGGAGCAGUGAUGGCGUUGACAUCUUUGCGUCGACUGCUCCGGGUACUGUAGAUGAAUUGGGCAUACGUGCAACAUAUGAAAUGAAAACAGGGAGGCUUGACAUCUCCUCAACAGAGAGUGACACAAGUGACCUCUGCAUCCAUGCUGAGUUUCACGUCGGCGGAUUGCGGAAAAUGAAUGAAACAUGUUUACUUCCGGGUCGGACGGUGUACAUCACGAAUGGCGCCAGAGAGCAUCAGCUGUGGCUGGUCGUGUGUGGCCGUGGCGUUUGCAGUGCCUCGACACGUGUGGAGUACCUGGAUGGCAGCGAUGGAAGAUGGAGCCUGCUCUUCAUCUUGGUCGUUUCACUGGGAUGUUGUCUCGGAGUAACUGUGUUAGUUAUUCUUUUCUACUGGCUGUGUCGCGUAACAAAAGAAAGAAGAUGGAAUUCUACGGAUUUUGAUGGCAUGUCAACGAUUCAAAGAGCCCUUCCCUUACCACCGGCCUGUGCCCUGGCGAUUGGAAUCGGCCCCAAUUCGUUCAAAAAUGAGGACUCAGAACUUCAGAACUAUGAUGCCAUCUUGAAUAUCAAGGGUAAGGAAAUCAGUGACAACCAGCACAACUCCAAUAUCAAUACAUCGGGAAAAGCCAUCACUCAAUCAGCUCUAAAGAUCGCCCACGAAGAACCGUUUCCUCCAACUCCAGAAGGCUACAUGAAGAUGGAUGCAGGCAAGACGGUAGGUGCCCCUGACCAAGGUAUCUACACCACCCACUUGCAUCUCAUACAGGACGGGCCGAAGGAAGCUGAAGGAAUUCCAUACGGCAACGCGGCGAUCGUCCAGACAUGCCAGAAUUGGACGCCAAAGGCGAUGGACAAACCUGUGCAGCUGCCCCACAUCGAGGUCAACGAUGACACCUACACUGUUGCCGAACACAACAAGGAAGCGCCUUCGGACUACAUGGUUCCAACGAGUCCAGGAUGCGAUUCUGUCCAUGAUACUGCGCUGUAACCCGAGGAAGUCAUGCCCUAAACAACACACUCUAAAAUAAAUCCCGGGUCAGGUAGAUCAGGAUAUGGAUCUGCUAGUGUCCGAUCUGUUCCGGGUGGGAGAAGAUGUCCAUGAAUAUAGGUCCGCAAAUCUGAUCCGCAAACGGUUACAUCGGACCACACUUCGGCCAUGUUUACAAGGACCGGGAAAUGGCGCAAAUAAACCCAUUCAGGUCAUUUUAACCCGGGCCUUAUGCCUAUACUAGCUAGCUGUAAAGUAAAUACGCUCAAUAAUUUAUCUUAAAGGAUGAUAUCUUUUUCGCACAGUUUAAGUUGGACCAAGUAAAGAAUAAGGGCCAAGAAUUAGCAUCGUUUAAUUGGUGAAAAGGUUCUAACAGAUUGAAUACCUUUAAUGGAUUUUUACGAUGCUCGAUGAUAAGGCCUGAUAUUACAAUCUUGGUGCACUGUUUGCGAGAGGGUCAAGCGAGCGAGCUGAACAUCGAUUCUUUUGAAAAUUAUUGUCAAUCCUUUAAUAACUUGGCGCUUUAAAGGGGAGGGGAGACCUGGGUCCCGUCUUACAAAGACUUGCGAUUGAUCCGAUCAAUCGCAACUAUGGAAAGCCAGCAGAGUCAACAUAUAAAUGCAUGUUUGCUAAAAAAAAAUUCUAGAUAUGAAUGUAUAUCCAUAAAUUCAUUGAUUUCUUGACAGUUCGGUGUGUUCUCCUUUGUUUACAAAGAACAUUUUGCACAUUUCCUGUUGAAAAAAUUAUGACACUGAUGGAUUUCCAUAGAGUUACGAUUGAUUGGAUCAAUCGUAACUCUUUGUAAUACGGGGCCCUGUGGCUCGUAUUGAUUCAGCUUGCUUUUCGCUUCCCUUGCACAUGUGACGCCAAACAAAUAAUGAUAAUAAUAAUAAUAAUAGUAUAUAACAAUAAUUUCAAACAAAUUGAAACACCCAAAUAAAUAUGACAAAAAUUCGAUAUUUGCCACUGGUGUCACUGGUGAUUGAUCCAAUUAAUCACAACUAUAGAAAGCCAGCAUCGUCAACAUCUAACUAACAUGUUUCUUCAAAAAAAAUUCUAGAUAUGAUGUAUAUAUCAUACAUUCACUGUUUUGUUUUUCUAUUCAGUAUGCUUCUCUUAGUUUUCAAAAGACACUGUACAAAUUUUCUCAAGAAAAAAAUAUGACAUCGAUGUAUUUCCAUAUACUUUAGGUUGAUUGGAUCAAUCGUAAAUAUUUGUAAGACGGGGGCUUGAUUUCACUCGUCGUGACAUUAUUAUCACAAAAUUUCCAUCUUUAAAUUCGCAUAUCAGGAUAUUGACUCAUAAUGGUUUCCAAAGUUUUUACGAGUGUGUAAUUGGGUGGGAAAAUGAAGUCCCAUCAUGCCAAGGGAGUGUUGAUAAUUGGUUAAAAUGAGAGGAAACAUAUAGGCCUAUAUCAGUUCUAAAUUUGAGAUAUUUUUUUUAUGCAGGGGCCUGUGUAUUGUGAAGUUUCAUGCAUUAAAGAGCUAAUACUUUGAUCAUUUUAGAGAGACUUUACACAAAAUAAAUGUUAUUUUACAUUAAAGAAAAGAUAGAGCCGCGGAACCGGGGAGGGGGCUAAAGAAGGCUUGGCCAUCAACCCCACCCCCACUUUUUCAGUAAAAACGUACAAAAAUGCCAUUGAAUUGUGAUUAUAGGCAGGUUCGACGCCUCCCUCACUUUCGGCUCAUCCUCCCCCCCCCCCCCCCCUUCCCCCUUUAUU